GAAAAUUAAAUAUUUAAUAAAAAAGAUCUUCAUUAAAGUACUGUGAUGUCACUCGCAAUAACAAUAAAUAAACAUAUUAUGUGAAAUAAUCUCGCAACCAAUAACAUUGUGCAACUACCAUGUUAAAAGUUGUUUUUAAUAUUAGACUAUUCAUUUGACAUAUACCAUACCAUAAGCCUAAUUUUAUACUUGUUAUUAUAGUGACCUGUUGUGAUAUGAAAGUAUUAAAACGAAUAAAUAAUGUUAAUUAGUUUCGAUUUAAUUUUUAACGAUUGCUUAUAAAAUUUCCAAAACCUCAGCAAGUAUUUUAAAAUCAAGGGAUUGCAAUCUAACCUAAGUAACAGGUGUUUCAAAGGUGUGUCGUGUCAAAUUUAGACAAAACCAAAGAAAAAUGAACGCUUCGGAGAGCGGGUUUAACCCGGCCUUUAAUAUGGCGACAAUCAAACAGGCCAUUAAUGAAGCAGUCGAAAGAGUUCGAAUGCCAACUCCAACGAGACUUAGAGAUCUGAUAAGACAGAUUCGUGCAGCAAGAACUGCUGCUGAAGAAAGGACGGUUGUGAAUAAAGAGUGUGCUUAUAUAAGAUCCACUUUUAGGGAAGAGGACCCAUCGUGGAGAUGUCGCAACAUAGCAAAACUCCUUUACAUCCAUAUGCUCGGAUACCCUGCUCAUUUUGGACAACUGGAAUGUUUAAAAUUAACAGCAAGUUCACGCUUUACCGACAAAAGAAUAGGAUACUUAGGUGCCAUGCUUUUACUAGACGAAAGACAAGACGUGCAUUUGUUAAUCACAAACUGCUUAAAAAAUGAUCUUAAUUCCAACACGCAGUUUGUGGUCGGUUUAGCCUUGUGUACAUUGGGUGCCAUAGCGAGUCCUGAAAUGGCUAGAGAUCUUGCAUCAGAGGUAGAACGUGCUUUGAAGUCUCCAAAUGCUUAUAUUAGGAAAAAGGCUGCUCUGUGCGCUUUUAGGGUGCUUCGGAGGGUUCCAGAGUUGACUGAAAUUUUUUUGCCGGCUACUAGGAGUUUGUUGAGUGAGAAAAAUCAUGGUGUACUAAUAACAGGAGUAACCCUUAUUACAGAAAUGUGCGAAAGCAGUCCAGAUACAUUAAAUCAUUUUAAAAAGAUUGUUCCAAACUUGGUCAGGAUUCUCAAAAAUUUAAUCCUCUCAGGAUAUUCACCAGAACACGACGUGUCUGGAGUCAGUGAUCCUUUCCUACAAGUCAAGAUUUUACGAUUGCUUCGUAUCCUUGGACAUAACGAUGCAGAAACCAGUGAAUCUAUGAAUGAUAUCCUGGCUCAGGUUGCUACGAAUACUGAAACUAGUAAAAAUGUGGGGAAUACUAUUUUGUAUGAAACUGUUCUGUCCAUUAUGGAUAUUAAAUCCGAAGUGGGCUUGCGAGUACUAGCUGUCAACAUUCUUGGUCGCUUCUUAUUGAACAGUGAUAAAAAUAUUCGAUAUGUUGCUCUCAAUACUUUACUCAGAACUGUGCACGUCGAUACAUCAGCAGUACAAAGGCACAGAUCUACAAUAUUGGAAUGUCUAAAGGAUCCUGAUGUUUCUAUUCGAAGACGAGCCAUGGAAUUAUCUUUUGCUUUGGUGAAUGCACAGAAUAUUGAAAGCAUUUGUCGUGAACUGUUGAUAUUCCUGGAACGAGCAGACCCUGAAUUUCAGGCCCAGUGCUCAAGUGGAUUGGUGCAUGUUGCAGAUAGAUAUGCCCCAAAUAUGUGUUGGCACCUGGAUACACUUUUGAGAGUCCUGACAGCGGCUGGUAACUAUGUGAGAGACGACGUAGUAGCCCACACAAUCCAAUUAAUCUCCGGAAGCACCCCUGGUGAACAACAGUACAUCUGUCGAAAACUCUGGGAUUCCAUCACCCAACAGAACAAAGCUGGAAGUUCACCUGUCUCGAACGGGGGCCUCACAGCAUUCCAAGUAACGGGUGCUCCGAGCGAGAAACAACCAUUGUUACAAGUGGCUGUAUGGACGAUUGGGGAAUUUGGAGACUUAUUGGUGUAUGGGGAAGAAGAAGUCCUUGGAGGUGCAGAUUAUGUGGUGCCAACUGACGAUGAAGUCAUUGCAGCCUAUAAGAAGAUGCUGUGGUCGACCCAGCUUAAUGUGACGAGCAAACAGUUUGUUCUGGUGUCGCUUGCUAAAUUGAGCACGAGGCUGAAGACUGGACAAGAUGAUAUCCAUGCAAUCCUGGAUUCCUUCGGGUCUCAUCUUCAUGUUGAUUUACAACAAAGGGGCGUCGAGUUUUCACAAUUGUUCAGAGAGUAUUCACAACUAAGACCUGCUUUGCUGGAAAGAAUGCCCCCGUUGCAAUCUAUAGGACAGCAGAAGAAUAAUGAAAAUGGUGAUGGAUUACUUGAUGAUGUUUUGAAUGUACACGAUGAUAGCAAUGUUAGUAGUGCUGCAUCUAUGAACACCAACUCUAACGAUGCAAUGAGUUCUGCCUUGCUAGAUCUUCUUGGAGACGCAAGUCUUGCAUCAACCCAGCCAAGCAACACGACAAUAAGCACCAUACAACCUGCACCACCAGCCGAUGGUACCAGUAAUCUUCUGGAUCUGUUAGGAACGAUAGACUUUACCCCCAGUCCAAUGCCAACAAUACCUGGUGCCAAUGUGCCGGCCAUGAACAACUUAGUUUCUAUGAAUAACAUGGCUAAUAUACAGACGAUGCCAAAUUAUUCCGCAUUACAACAACAGAAUGUGCCAAAUAUUGCACCGAUGGCUCCAGGAGGAGGAGGAGACUUGUUGGGAGGAUUGUUAACGGAUGACUUGUUAGCCCCUGUUGUACCAAAUAAUGUGGUGGAUUUAGGAAAACCGCCGAUUGUGGCGCUUGAUAAAAAUGGUUUGACGGUCAAAUUGUACUCGAACCAGAUGAAUGAUUAUUUACAG